AUGGCAGAUGCAGAGUUAACUGACUUAAGAAAACAAUGCAUAGCAAGUUUGUAUACUUGUGCGGACAAUGUUGCAAUGUUUUUGGAUGGACAAGAAAGAGAGACUGAGUUUUCUAAGUUAAAAUCUUGUAUUGAAGAAUAUUGUAUGUUAGAAGCUCAGCAGGAUGUAGCUAACCAAGCUUUAGAGAAAGCAAAGAAAGAAACCGAUUCAUCUAAUAUGGACUCUCUACAGGAUAGAUUUACCUCACAUUUGAGCAACCUUGCAGGGAAGCGUCUCAAUGUCAAUAACCAUCCCUACAUGUUAGAACUGAAUAACAGGAUAGAAAAAGGACGCCAAAAGGCAACUCAGAACUUGGAUGAAUCUGACCUAGCUAUAACAGAAUCACAAGAGCAAUAUAUUGAUCCAAUCACUAAGAGGCCAAUAGUAGACCCUGUUAAGAACACAGUGUGUGGACAUAUUUAUGAAAAGGAAUCCAUCAUGGAGCUAAUCAACAUGAGGAAGAGUUUGAAAUGUCCAGUUGCCGGGUGCGGUAAUCGCGCGCCUUUGCUACAGCAGCACUUGAUAUCCGACGACGAGCUGAAGUUCCGAAUGACUCUCACCCAGCACUCGACAAUGAUCCAGGAAAGGUCGAUUAUGGAUUUGGAUAAUAGUUUGUUAUAA